AUAUUUACUGAUUCUGGACGAUCAGUCACCAUCACCUCAACUCCUCAUUGGUGCAUCGAUGUAUUUGAAUGCACAGCAUGGGAUGAUGCUGGUAGCACUGGCCAGGACAGAUUGUUGAUAGAAGUCACCGGGGUUGGACUAGUUGAUUUCAACGAUGGUAAAAUGCGAAACAACACAUCCAUGGAGGCAGACUCGGCCCACCAAUUUGACGCCGUGUACUGUCACUCUGCCUCAAACCAGCCCAACAUUGGCAGGUGGAUCAGUCCCAGUGGAGAGGAGAUUCCACCAGUUGGGAACCACAUGUUCCAGGUCCAGUUCCACAGUGCCACCUACCACAGCUACACCUCUCUCUCCCUCAGAUACGGUGUCCAGUUCAGCAGAGAGGCAGAGGGAGUGUACAGUUGUACCAUCCCUGAUGAGAAUGGAGUGGAGCAGAUUCUUCAUUUCGGUCUAUAUGACUAUAAUUUCACCUCUGUCUUUUCACUCCAUCCUCUUUCUAUGAGAGUAAUUUCUGAAGAUCCCUUCAUCAUCUCCUGUGACUCCACCCACCUUCCUCCCUACCUGGUCCAGUGGUGGCAGGAUGGCGACGUACUCGGUGAAGAACUCUCCUCCUCCCACCUC